AUGGAUAUCAUUGGUAAGUUACAUGUUUUUCAAAUUGCUAAAAUAUGUAUGCAGACUAGUACUUUUUGGGAUAUAUGGGGGGAAAGAUUUGUUAGUAUGAUUCUGAUUUUCACCAGGGUUUGCAGAAGAUGCCGAGGAGUUACAACAGUUCGUAAGAAUACAAUUUUCUACCAGUCCCGCAGAUCAUUGCAGAACCAUGUAGAAUUCAUCUACAGGUUUUCCCAAGGUCUAAGAAUGAGACAGAUAGACCUGAUGGAGGAUGGUGUGGCUUCAAGCAGCAGAACUUUAUCUCGAAUGACUGCAGUAGUGAGAAAGGUCUGCAUACGGGCAGUAAAGAAACUUCGGCACCUAGGACAAAUGAAAGUUGGAGGUCAUCACUGCUUUGUCCUCAUAGAUGAGAGCAAAUUUUCACAUAAGAGAAAGUACAACCGUGGCAGAUUUGGUUCUGCUUGGCGACGCAACAAAAAAUGGGUUUUAGGCAUACUAGAAGUUGAGCAGACAAGAAGAAAACCCAUUCUCAAAGUGGUAAGAAGACGGUCAAAAAAUGAACUCUUGCCAAAUAUUUUGAAGCAUGUCCGGAGAGGCUCCAGUAUAAUUACUGAUGAAUGGCGAGCUUAUCGCAGGGCUUUGACACAGGCAGGCUAUGACCAUCACACAGUGUGCCACAAGAGGAAUUUUGUUGAUCCAGUAACAAGAGCACAUACACAACAUUUGGAGCGUGCCUGGAAGACGUACAAAAUGGAUAUAUGGCGCCACCGUGGCAACAGGACAACUAAACUUUUGAAAGAGCACCUCAAGGUCAUUGAAUGGGAAUACUGGCUUGCCAGGAACCAUCCCUCACACAUUCUUGGCCGCCUUAUACAUGACAUUAGAAAAUACAACUUACAUGAAUGUAGUUAACCAGCCUGUAAAGAAACAUAAUUUUGUGCACCGCCAACUGUUUAUAACUCUUUAUAUUGGUUAAUUAAAUGUAUGUGGUAAAACCUUGUAAUUUUACAGUUUUAAUGAAUAAAACAUGAUUUGCAUUGGAAACAUAUUGUUUCUUUGUACUUUUCCACAUUACUUUGAUGUUACCUUCUUAUAAUGACUUCAUGAUAUCUUAUGGAUGUUUAUAAGAAUACCCAACAUUUCUCACUUUACUUAAAGCAGACAAGGACCUCUUAUAAAUGAUAAUACCAUGUUUAUAAAAGUACCUAACUUUUGUCACUUUACUUAAAGCAGACAAGGACUACUUAUAAAUAUUAAUACCACGUUUAUAAAAGUACCUAACUUUUGUCACUUUACUUAAAGCAGACAAGGACCACUUAUAAAUAUUAAUACCACGUUAUAAAGCUUUUUAGAUGUUUAAAAGAAGACUUUGUUUUCAUCACUUUACUUUAAGCAGUUAAAGACCACUCAUAAUAUGUUCAUUGUGUGUUAUAAGUCAUCACACUCUUCGUUAAACUAAAUAUUUAUAGGCACAAAUUGGUAAGUAUUAUGAUGCAUUGUAACUGUUUUUAUGAUUAUUUAUCAGAUGAUACGACACAUUAUAAUGUUGUUUAUAAGGCAUUAUGCAUGCAUAAUAAUGCAUUAAGAAUACCCUUAUGAUGUCUUAUAAAUGCAGGCUUCAUCUGGUGUUAUAAUGCAUUGUUCUCAUAAAAGUUAUAAGCACAAAUAGGUAAGUAUUAUAAUGUAUUGUAACUGUUGUUAUGAUUAUUUAUAAGAUGAUAUAACAUAUUAUAAUGUUGUUUAUAA